AUGCUGGGCCAGAGACUUUCGGUCGUCUUGUGCGCGAUUGCGUGCGCAUGCUCGCCUGUACUGGGGAGGGACUUGCACCCAAAUGCUCAGAGGUAUAACGUGAAGGCUUUCUCGUUUGCUGGCGGUAUUCCCCUGCGGAUAAUGCCACUGGGUGCAUCCAUCACCCAUGGUGUGGCCUCCAGUGAUGGGAAUGGGUACCGUCAGGACCUCAGGCAGCAUAUUGUUGACAUGGGAAACGCUGUAAACAUGGUCGGCAGCAAUCCCAACGGAACCAUGAAGGAUAACGACAACUCUGGGUGGCCGGGCUUCAUCAUUGACGAAGUUCACACCAAGUCGAAUGCCGACACACCCAAGUAUAAGCCCAACCUGGUUUUGAUUAACCUGGGCACAAACGAUGCCAUCCGGAAUAUCGACAUCCCUAAGGCUGGGGAAAGGAUGCAAAGUAUGAUCACAGACAUCUACACUCAGUCGCCCCAGGCCACUGUUGUCUUGUCAGGUCUCAUCCGAAACGCAGAGAGCGGCGCGCAAGAACGUGGCGUUCAAAUCAACAGCCAGUACCAAAGUCUAGUGUCGACUCUGCAAAAGGCGGGCAAGCCGAUCAUCUUUGCUGACAUGCAGGGGCUCGACGGGCCGCUGCCAUCGGAUCUUGCUCCUGAUGGCAUUCAUCCUGUGGAUAAGGGUUAUCAGAAGAUGGCUAACAUCUGGUACAAGGCUAUCGGACAGGCAGACAGCAAGGGCUUCUUAAAGAAAGCCGAGAACAACGGCCUCCCCGACGACGGUGCUGCAUAA